AUGGAGAGGAACAAAGAGAACCACGUACAGAAAGACAAACUGGUUCAAGAGAGAGACGGACUGACUCAAGAGAGAGACGGACUGGUUCAAGAGAAAGAUGGACUGGUUCAAGGGAGAGAUGGACUGGUUCAAGAGAGAGAUGGACUGGUUCAAGAGAGAGAUGGACUGGUUCAAGAGAAAGAUGGACUGGUUCAAGAGAAAGACAAACUGGUUCAAGAGAGAGAUGGACUGGUUCAAGAGAGAGACAAACUGGUUCAAGAGAAAGAUGGACUGGUUCAAGAGAAAGAUGGACUGGUUCAAGAGAAAGAUGGACUGGUUCAAGAGAAAGACAAACUGGUUCAAGAGAAAGAUGGACUGGUUCAAGAGAAAGACAAACUGGUUCAAGAGAAAGAUGGACUGGUUCAAGAGAAAGAUGGACUGGUUCAAGGGAAAGAUGGACUGGUUAAAGAGAAAGAUGGACUGGUUCAAGAGAAAGAUGGACUGGUUCAAGAUAAAGACCAACUGGUUCAAGAGAAAGAUCAGAUGGUUCAGAUGGUUAGCGAACAACAAAAUCAGAUAAAUCAUCUUCAAUCAGAACAGAACAUCCCAUGUUGUCCCAGUGGAUGGCGGAGACACAAGUCCACCUGUUACCAGCUUUCUUCGAGCGAGAACACCUGGCAGCAUGCAGAAGAAGACUGUGAGAGCAAAGGAUCUCAUUUGGUGGUUUUGAAUAAUGAAGCAGAAGUGAAAGUUGUCCGUGGAUUUGGAGGUAAUGCCACACUGUGGAUGGGCCUGAGAGGAAACCUGAAUAGGCAAACCAACGACUGGGAGCUGAAAUUGGUGGAUUCAAGCUCCCUGUAUUAUGAAAACUGGAUUGUCCAGAGACGGGAUGAUGGGAGGAAUUGUUUUUGUGCAUAUGUUGACUUUGGCUCGUCGUGCUUGAAGAACUGGUUCAGGGGCGCCUGUCAAGAACAUCACUAUUGGAUGUGUGAGAUGCACCCUGGCUCUGUGGCGUGAAUAAGACUCAACCCAAUGAAAACAUCUGCAAUCAGUCUGUCUCUCAAUCACAAACAUAGACAAGUAUAUUUAACAUACAUAUCAUUUAUCUUUUAUACAUUGUAAUUGAUGGUUUUCUACACUUAUAUUAAAGACGCCAUUUUAUGACCACUGUAUGCUUUUUAUCAUUUUAAAAUAAACGACACAUCCCUAAAUACCCUUUGGCGGAUGUGUUAUUAUAGGGGGGACACAGGAAAUGAAAACACUGACAUUAAGGCCAAAACUAGAAGGCCUUUAUUUAAAAGGAGAAGGUCAGAUAAUAACGCUGUUACACCUCAAAGACAUCACAGGGGGAGUCUCUUUGUCGUCAACAAAUUAAGAUACAAGGUCAAUGGAAAGGGGAGAAUUCCACAAAUGAACCAGCAGUAAAGAGGAACGGAAAAGCAAGAUUUAAAAUGAUUAGGGCUUUCGAAGGUUAACUUAGA